AUGACUCAUCCAUUAAAUGAACUUAAGCGGCGCCUAGAAGAUGAAUCCUUGCCUCUAUCCAAAAGAUUUUGUCUCGCCAAGAAUGUCAUACACUCCCAUCACUUUCCAACAACACCUAAAGAAAGGAUUAUUGGAGAAUGGUUAGGCGAACUGACAAGUAUCAAUAAGAUAUCAAAUUAUAACUUAAAAGAAAUAUUGAAAUGGAUCAACAAUGUAGAUGAUUUCACUGUGGAAUUAAAGUACAAACUUAUUGGAGUUGUUUCUCAGUACCUUCACAAUAAUAUUUUAAAACAUGAAGACAUUCAAGAUAUUGCAGCUUUCAUUGAGAAUAGUAAAAUAUCUGCCCAGCUAUCCAUUCAAAUAGAAGACUUUCUCUCCAUAUCUAUGACGUUGCUACAUAAUUUAUCAAAUGAAGCAAAUAGUGUGCAAUUAGUGAAUAAAUUACUAGAUAAUAUUACUAAACAAUACAGAGAUUGUAAGAAAAAAAUUGACUUCCUCAACAAACUUAUUGAAGAAGACAAUUUAGAAACAGUGUUCCUUUUCUUAAACACAGAUAGCAGGGCAAGUGUUAUAAAUCUUUGUAGUAGCAUUCUAUUUCCCAUAAAUAAAAGACCUUUCUAUGCUCGGUACCUGAAUAAUAUGAUAAGAAAAGAUGAACUUGACAGUUUGCAAGUGGAAAAAAAUGACAACAUGAAUUCAGUUAUAAAAGUAAUUAAUGCAUUUUUAAAUCCAAAAAGGGACCAACAGUUUUUAUCAGAUUUUAUAAAAGUGUUUGUAUGCUGCUUUAAAAGUGACAGCCAGUUAAUUUUUGCAUUGUACAUCAUUGCUGUUAAUUUCAUUGAUUUGAGCCAAGACUAUAUCAAAACCGUAACUAAACUUACACCAAUAGCAUUUGAAGGGAAUAGCACAAAAAUUAAGAGGAAUAUAUUUCUGAACAUGCUGGACAUUUUGUUGGAAAAUGAAGCGGAUAUAAGUGUCCACUUACGUGAUACAUUAAAUGAGAAGUCAAAGGAAACCAAGAAAACCUUCAUUCUAUUCCUGCAGGAUCUCUUAACGGGAACUGUCAAAGUCGAAGGAAAGCUGGAUAAAACUUCAUUUCACAUAAUAAAGUCGGCAUUAAAGUUAGAUCCAAGUUUAGUUGAACCAAUAAUGAAAGAAAUUUUACCCUCAAUCAUGAUAUCUAGAAAAAGUACAUCUACGUUAGAAAUAUAUAUAGAAAUGCUAAACAUACUUCUUCAUACAUUAUUCAAACUGAGUAAGGGAAUAAAUUUAAUUCAUAUUCUCAUACCAGCACUGAAAAGCAGUUUAGAAAGUGCUGAUCUUAAUAAAGUAGAUGUUAAGAAUAUUUUCCCUGACACAUGUCUGGAGUUGUAUGGAAUGCUGACUUCAGAGUUAAUGUUCAGACAAAACAAAGAAUUAUUAGUUCUACUGCAAAAUGAUUUAGAUGAAUGCUUGACAUCCCUUCAAGAAGAACAUGACAAUGUGUCUCUAGUUACACUUGCUGAAUUACUUGCAAAUGUUAUAUCAAGUUUUCUUUCUCACAACAAAAUGGCAGACCACUCUGUCCCAUUGCCGAUUAGUGAAGACUUUUGGCCUGCUUACCAAAACUUUGAGAAUACACUGAAGAAAUUUGGAGAAAUUCUCUUGAACUUAGAUGAUAGACCCACUUUAAUUCAAGCAUUCCUAAACCUCUGCUUAAGGUUCUUACAAAUGAAAAUAUUGAACCUUAAAUAUAGCAACAUCAAAUUACAAUGUAAUGAGAAUUUACACACUGAAGAGGUGACUGACUUAAGUUCGGUGUUGCCAUGUUUAAAUGCAAAACAGUGGCGGGAAAUAACAAGUAAAAUUUCUGAUGAGAAUGGUGUUUUAAUACUUAAUAAUUUAAUCUUAGCCAAAAUUAUAGUUAUGGAUCUAUCGAUGACAUCCCAAACAGAUGAAAUAACACAAACCAUAUAUAAUACGAAAGACCACUUAAUUAAACAUUUAAUUAACGCUAAAGCUAUGAUCAGUAGUUAUUAUGCAGGAACGUUAUUUUCAAAAGCUGAUAAAAAACAACUGAAACUUAUUGCUAAAAACCUAUUAAAGAUGCACGAAAGUGAUCCGGACCUACUUCAAAACGCCUGUGUGGCCAGCAACAGUGAAUUACUCAGUGCACUUCUUACUGAAGUACUGAAAAAUAUAACAAAGAAUCUUGAUAAUGUUGGACCCUUAACAAAAUAUGUUGGAAAGGGCGAGUUUGAAAUUGAACAGUUUGUAAAAGACAUUGAUCUAAUGCAGUAUUUUGAUACAAUAGCAGUGAACUCAGAAAAUGAUGACGAUAUCAUAAAAUACUUGGAUGUGAUGAGAGUUUUAAAGAUUUACUAUUUAAAUGAAAGUAGUCAAUUGAAGGCUAUUUUUGUUUUGCUUCUAUUAAAAAAAUGCAGCAGUGUAAAAAAAAUUAAACGAAGCAUAGAUUUUAUCUUACAGAGUAUAUUUGAAGUGAGUCCUAAGAGGCCUGAUGUGUUAAAAUUAUUAUCCGUCCCUUUUCUGUUCAACUUCGAGAAUGGGAUUUUAAAACUAUUGAAAAUGACAGCAAGAUCAACAAACCACACAUUGAUAAUAAGGGAAAUACUUGAAUCGGCAACAAGAAAAGUGAGAAAUGAUCCCAGUUUUAUAAGAGCAAUCGUUGACUUGCUUCUAGAUAACUACAAAAAGAUCGAACUAGGCAGUAUGGAUCACUUUUGUAGUGAUGUAUUCCAGAUUAUCUGUAUAAUUGUGCCUCUCAUAGCUAAAGAGAAGAAAAGUAUCUCACCAGCUCUAUAUAAAUCAAAUUUAGCCGACAUUUAUGAAAGUUUAAAUGCAGCCUUGUUGGAAUCAUUUAAGAGUAUUGAUUUUGGCAGCAUCCUUCCCAGUUCUGCUAACUCUAUGAAUGCGGAUGAAAGCAUAAUAACAGAUAAUAGUAUGUCAAUACUAAACGCUAUGGGGACUUAUGCUUUAGUAUUAUCUAAAUGUUGUGAAAGUAAUGACGAAGCAGGUAUAAAAAGCUUAUGGUCUGGUCUAGAAUUCUUCAUACAUAAUGCUAUACAUUUUAUAGAAAAUUCUGAAACAAAAGCUCUUCACGUCGACACAUCAAUCCACCUUAUUAAUGUGGUUUUAAGACACUUUAAAAAACUUGAAAGUCAUGAUCUAUUUAAAAAUAAGGAUGAAGUACUUUUAAAAAUAUGGAAAACCGUCGAAAAGCGUUUAUUUAUUAUAUUUGACCAGAACCAAAAGAAGAAAAGUAUCAGCUGCUUAGAAAACAUUGGUGUUACAAUAAAAUUCUUAUCGCAACUGGCAUCCAUGGAAAUCUUUGUUAACAAUUUUGUUGCUGACUUGAACAGUUUGAGUAUUCUUAAGGCGCCAUCAGUUCUGCUCAAAACUGAAGAAACAAUUUCCGCACAAGUAACGAAACACAAUGUCUUGAAAUGUUUGUGUCAAAAUAUUUUGAGUUCAUAUGUACCUGAAGCUAAAUGUAGCAAUUUCAAAAAAUUCGUAUUUAGGGUUAUUACAAGUUUGCGAUCCUGGAUACAGCAACAUUACUGCAGUGGGGAAGGAAUUAAAAAUGGUGAUCAUGGCUCAUGUGUGGUAAAAAUUGAGGACCCCAUAUGUACAUUGAUAAAAAUAGACUUAGAAAUAUUGGCUGAACUAAUUUUGGAGGCCAAAAAAAUUUCCCUUGACUAUAAAUUCAUGGAUGCCGUCUUCGAACUACAACAGCUGAUACACUAUUUACUCGGCCGAAACACUGUACACGCACGAUGUGAGACUACCUGGCAAUCUUUCUUUAUUCUAUUUGAGGGCAGUGUUGCUAUAUUGAACAGCUUAAUUUUGGCCAGGGAAGAGCUUUUAGAAGAUAGGUGGCCAUGUCUAAUGCAGUGUUACAAAACAUUAGUCCUUUGCUUGUGUGAGAGAUCGGUAUACCACAAUGAAGACGUGGAAAUAGCUAUUGAAUAUAAAUUAGCUGAAAUCGCUCAUUCUAUUGAAAAAUUAACGCAAUCUAUAUCAAAAAAGAAAAAUCACGUUUCGCGCAUUGCAGCCUAUGCCGUCGCAGACUUUUGCUUCUGGCUGGAAAAAUCCCCCCCACCAAAAGCCAUCAGACAACACAUAGAAAACUCCAUAGUCUUGCUUAUACAGGCGUCUGAUUCUAAUCAUGCUAUGGCGUUCUUAAGGCGUUGUUUAGCGGGGUCUAUAGGUCAAACUACAUUGACAAACAUGUACACCAUGUACAAGAGAUAUCAUAAAUAUGUUGGUAAUGCUUAA